AGGUUUUCUCACCGGCUGCAACUAAUAGGACUCAGAGCAUGCAUUACCUGCUCGUCCAGCGAGCUUGAGAAGUCUGUCAAUUGCCCGACGAUAACCAGAUUCCUGCUGUCGCCCACCGGCAGCCCCGUAGCGUCAAUUUCCCGCCGUUGUCCAACCAUAGUUUGCCGUUGCCCAACAGCCACCGCCCGCCCGCUGUGGAUUUGCCCGUUAAGGCUUCGAGGACGACUCCUUUGACUCUCCGCCUUCCUCUUCCACCGCUCGCCCGAUCGCUCGCCGUGCGCCACCGUCGCCGCUUUGCCUCCAGCCAUCGCCGUUGUCCUUCGAAGAAGUUGAGCAAAAAAUUUCUGGCUCUGCCACCUUGAAAGAGAGAGAGAGAGGAUGGCGAGGGGGAGGAAGCCACCACCACCUUGCUCGCAGAAGUACGGGAAGCCCAUCUUCUCUGCCUCAUGGGUUCCCUUCCAUGCUAUAGAUUUCAAAGAAGCGAAGGAAGAAGGAGGGAGUGAACAGAAGGAAGAGAAAGAGGGAGGCCAUGCUGUCUCUCCACCACCCCUCGGGUACUUGAUCUUGAGCGGGGGUGGAGGAGACAGCCGAACGGGCGUCAAAAACUCUAUCUUCCUCUCCAAAUUUGAUUUCUCGUCCAAUUCGCUCUCCCCACCGGUGGAUGAGUUCCACACUGAUGGUGACUUGCCUUAUAGAACUGCUGUCCAUCCUGGUGGCGAAGGAUUGAUCUGCUCAUUCCCCAAAGGCUGCAGGUGGUUUGAGUGGGAUGCUUCAAAAGAUGCGGAAGCUCAUAAAUUGGGAUUAAAAUCUUCUGAAAAGAAUUUAAAAGAACUGGAAGAUGCUGGCCAACAGAUAGCGCUGACCUUUAACCUUGAUGGAUCCAUGCUUGCAUCUGGUGGUGAGGAUGGCCAUCUGAGAGUUUUUAAGUGGCCAAGUAUGGAAAUGAUAGUUGACCAACCAAAUGCACACGAAUGUGUUAAAGAUCUGGAUUUCAGUCCUGAGGGAAAGUUGCUUGUGUCACUGGGAGAUAGUGGCCCUUGCAGAAUUUGGGACCUUACAUCAUCAGCAGCUGUGGCUUCUUUAUCCGGAGACAAGGGUGAAAGCUUUCGUUUCUGUAGAUUUUCUCGAGUUUUUGAUAGCAAAGUGCUGUAUAUGGCCACCAAAAAGGGUGAACAUGGAUGCAUUUUGACAUGGGAUAGUGGCUCAUGGAAGAGAACCACAGAGAAACGUAUUGCUCAAAAUCCAGUUUCUGCCUUUAACAUAUCACCUGAUGGAAAGCUUCUUGCAAUUGGAACAGCAGAAGGUGACAUUCUGAUAGCUGAUACCCUCUCUAUGCAAGUCCAGAAGAAAGUCAAAGAGGCCCACCUAGUGUUUGUUACUGCAUUGGAAUUUUCUCAUGAUUCCAGGGCAUUGGUUUCUGCAUCUGGUGACUCAAGUGCAAGAGUGACUCUAGUCGAGAACAAGAAACAGAAUGGUCUGAACAUUCCAGUUCUCAUUUUCAUGAUUCUACUUGCCAUUGUGAUGUAUUUCUUAAAGAUGAAUAAAGUUUUUUAGCUUUUGGGAACACAAAUAAUCGAGCUCCAAAUGUCAGUCUACUGCUAUGAAGAAUCUCUCUGUAAAAUCAUCAAUCCUUUGUAUUACUGUGUAUUCGCCUGCUGAUUCAAUUUUAUAUAAUUAAGGACGCUGCUUUCGUUGUGGACA